AUGUAUUCUCGCAUCAGCUUGGAGGAAAAGGUCCAAGGACAAACGGUCCAAAGCAGUUUCGGCUCUGACGGGGCAGGGAAAGACAGGGAUGUGAAGAAGCGUCACAGUCUGCUAACAGCUGGGGUGGAAAAAAAGAGGAUCGAGGAACUGGGGCGACAGGAUCGCUGCUCCAGUACCAGCACCAGUACCACGAACGCCAGCAUCAGCACCAGAUCACCGCCCCUCUACUACGGCGCGACACCCCUCGUCGCCGGAGACGACCGUCGUAUGAAUUCCCAACAGCUUCCCAAGGUACCUUUGCUUAUAUCUCUUUUAUUUUUUAUUUAUUUAUUUUUUUCCGGAUCCCGUCCCGUUCUAUCCAAUCCGGCCCUUUCCUACUCUUUCCCCUGCAAUGCGACUUGA